UACUUUGAGAGGUGGAUGGAUACGUCAGCGUUCGAGGGGCGGGGACUGUGUCGCGGCAGGCGCAUAAAUACAGGCGGCGCUGCGUCACUCUGUAGAACACAGCUGCUGCAUUGGGACUUGUGUUUGUCGGGAGCUGCGCUCAGGGCCGGAGACGUAAACAUGCAGAUCUUUGUGAAGACCCUGACUGGCAAGACCAUCACCCUUGAGGUUGAACCCAGUGACACCAUUGAAAAUGUGAAGGCCAAAAUCCAAGACAAGGAAGGCAUUCCUCCUGAUCAGCAGAGGCUGAUUUUCGCUGGCAAGCAGCUGGAAGACGGCCGCACCCUGUCUGACUACAACAUCCAGAAGGAGUCCACCCUGCACCUGGUGCUGCGCCUGAGAGGUGGCAUGCAGAUCUUUGUGAAAACCUUGACUGGCAAGACCAUCACCCUUGAGGUUGAGCCCAGUGACACUAUUGAGAACGUGAAGGCCAAGAUCCAGGAUAAAGAAGGCAUUCCUCCCGAUCAGCAGAGGCUGAUCUUUGCUGGCAAGCAGCUGGAAGAUGGGCGCACCCUGUCUGACUACAACAUCCAGAAAGAGUCCACCCUGCACCUGGUGCUGCGCCUCAGGGGUGGCUAUUAGUUGUCAGCAGUCUUGUCAAGCAAGAUGCACAGCACUUGUGUUUGCACUGUAGUCUUUCUAAUGUCUUAAAUUAAAUGCAAACUUAAGUAACUGCUGAUCUGUAUGUUGAAAUGCUAAUAAAGUUUUCUGUUGCACAUUA